GGUGAACACCACGGGGGCGCGGGGCUGGGAGCUUGUGAAUGAACCUCGCGAGGCUCGUGUACCCGGGUCCCCGCGUCGCGGGGACCGCCGAGAGUCCGCAAGAGGAGGACCUGGAGGGAUUUAGACUUCAGCACUCGCUGAAGAUCAACGACGCGAUUCCGCUCUCCGUGUAUAGAUCCGCAAGGACCGGUCUGACAGUCUGCAUCGCGGACGUCGAGGACACGUUCGUCAACUGCCACUUCGCUCUCGCUACUGAAGUAUUCAAUGACGAUGGUCUUCCUGAAGCAGUGGCACAACUUGUAUUUAUGGGCAGCGAAGAGUAUCCCUAUGUAAAUCUUUUGAAUCGCUGGUCUCAUAAAUGUUUCUCAUGUGACCCUGAAGUUCAUACGUUUCAAGAUUACACUUGUUACACCAUGAAAGCGAGUGAGAGCAAAGGAUUUUUCUCUUUACUGCCCGUGUAUCUUGAUCACAUUCUUUAUCCCACUCUUACGGAAGCAGCGUAUAUUAUAAAUAUACAUCAUCUUACUAAGUAUGGGGACAACGGAGGUACAUUUUAUUUUGAUACCAGGUCUAAAGAAUUAGAUGGAGAACAUGUAACCUAUGCUGAAUUAAUGAAAGCGAUGUAUCCUGAAAAUUGUGGAUAUAGCUCAAUUAUUCAAGGUACAUCGCAUUACAUAUCGGAAUAUCUCGUUCUCGAGGAUAUCAGGAAGUAUCAUAAGGAAUAUUACAGACCAGAAAAUUUAACUAUAUUAAUAGUAGGUCAAGUAGAUCAUAUUGAAGUUUUCCAAGUGUUAAAACCUUUAGAAGAGAAAAUAAUAUCAAUGGGAGAGAGAGGAGAGUUUAAAAGACCCUGGCAGACUCCAAUUAAACCACUUACAAAAAGCAUAGAUGUGGAAUUCCAAUAUCCGUGCUACUUAUGUACAGGGGCAUAUGUUCGCAUAGCUUGGCAGGGACCGUCCAUAGUUAAUAAAUUAUCCGAUUAUCUUAGUUUUUGCUUAAUCUCGCAAUAUCUCACCGACACGUCCGUUGGUGCAUUGCAAAGAGAAUUUGUUAACGAGCAGAUCUCUUAUAAGUAUUACUUGCAUGAAUUCUCGACUUCAGCUUUAAGUUUAAUGUUCCCGAAUGUGCCGGGUAGUAAAGUUCCUCUAAUCAAAGAAUCUGUGAUAAAAGUACUUAAACACACGUCUGACGUUGGUAUACAAUUAAAAGAAAUGAAGACUGUAAUUCAUAAAUAUAUUAUUGAACUUUUAAGCGACUUGGAAAACAAUCUGCACAGUACAAUCGCAAUUGGGGUGUUUAAACAUAUGUUAUAUGGAAAGACGAAUAAAGAUCUGCAUUAUAGAUUAAACAUUGUACGUUAUGCCAGAAGAUUGGAAAAUGAAUCCAAACUUUAUUGGUCAAAUCUUUUCAAGAAAUAUUUUGUCGAUGCACCAAUGGUAGUAGUAAGAGGCACACCUAGUCGUGAAAUGUUAAAAAUAUUUUCGGAGGAGGAGAGCAAAAGAAAGUUCGAACGGAUACUCGAAUUUGGUAUGCUCGGUUUAGCAAGAAACGAUAUACUCAUUUCUCACGCCAUGAGCGAAAAUUCACAUAUACCAGAAGAAGUAUUAGAAAGUAUAUCUGAACCUGGCACAGAUUCCAUUGACUUCCAUCACAUUAAAAGUUACAGUACGGAAACUUCGGAACAGCAUCAUGAAUUUGAUGUCACUCAACUGCCGUUCUUUACUUAUUUAGAACAUGCUGAUACAAACUUUGUUUAUAUAUUUGUCGUCAUGGACACUACUUCCAUUAAUAAAAGAUAUAAAAAAUAUAUUCCAUUAUUGUUAGAGCUCAUUAUGGAAUCUCCAGUGAAAAGAGCCGAUCAACUGAUCCCUUAUGAAGAAGUAAUAGAUGAAUUAAAAGAAGAUGUCGUGGUGGCUGCUACUCAAAUUAGUCUUCGCAAGCCCAUGGGAUUUUCAUAUAGAUCUUCUGAGGUUUAUUUGAUGUUUCAACUCGAAUAUGAAAAAUAUGAGAUAGGCAUAAAGUGGAUUAAAGAGCUUUUAUAUGAUACCGUGUUAACAGUCGACAGAUUAACAACAGUGGUAACAAAGAAAAUGAAUGAUAUUACUCAGUUAAAGAAAGAAGGAGAAAUAAUUGCGAACGAUUUAAUGAAAAUAUUACUGUACAAUGAAGAUAGCAAUCCUAUCAUAUUCAGCUUAAUACAACAAGAAAAAUUCUUCACUGACAUUCUGGAACAUUUGAACAAUGAUAUAGAUCAGAAGGAAAUUAUGACAAAUAUAGAAUCAUGCAGAAAAGCGUUGACGUUAAAUAUGGUUUUGUAUAUGACUGUUAAUGUCACAAAAUUGACAAAAGAAAUUUCAAAUAUCUACACUCCAUGGGAAACAUUCUUUUCUGAUGUAGUAGUUGCGGAAAAGACCAAGCUCAACAUUACUGAUGAUUGGACAUUAAUGUCUUCCACGAACCAUGUUGCUAUCAGCAAUUGUAUCGUGGGAUUGGAAAGCAAAACGAAUGCAUUUUUCCUGCGGACUCAUCCAUGUAUAAACGAUUAUCGAAACCCUGAUCUGCCGGCUUUGCUUGUUUGUUUGAUGUAUUUUGAUCAGAUGGAUGGACCCUUAUCGUUAUUAAUUCGGCAAUCUGAACGUGCGCGUGAUUUCGAAUUUUUUGUGUCAUUGCACGAAGGAUUGUUGUACAUGAUUAUUAAUGAGGCUACAGAUUUGAUAAAAGCAUACAACGCGGCCAGAAAAAAUAUGGAAAAUCGUAUAUCCGGGUGGACCGACAUCUUUUACGAAUCGGCUAAAUCGCUCGCGAUAUAUCAGCUUAUAAAAAUGAAAAAUGCUGUAGGCAACAGAGCGAACGAAUCGUUAAGAUGUUGUCGUGGUGUGCCUCUUGAUUAUUGUCUUCCACUGAUACGACAUGUCUCCGCCGUUACCAAAGAUGAUAUGACUCGUGUAGCGAAUCAAUACAUCACACCAUUAUUCAAUCCGGAAUUGUGUAAGACUGUUAUAGUAUGUCAUAUCUCUAAUGUCUCAGCAAUAGACGAAGCUUUCAAAGAACUGGAUCAUAAUUUUAAUACAUAUAGCAGUUUUAAAGAAAUUUAUUCAAUACUAUUUGAAAAAAAUUAAAAACAAAUAAAAUUUAUCAAUAAAAAAAGAUGUAAAGAUUUAACAAUCAAAAUCUUGGAAAACAUUCAAGAUUGUCUAGAAAUAUAUUUUAUGCUCUUUUUAAAUUGAUUUUUGUAUUGAUUUGAGAAAUUUUACUUGAUGUGAAUUUUAAUGUGAAAAUGUUUAAUAUAUGAAUGUUUAAUACAAUGUAACACAUUAAUAUGUAAAUAAUAUUAAUAGCACUGUUUAUUGUUUUAAUACGAUAUCUUCAUUCCAUUUUGUUUUCGUGCACAAACAACGAGAGAUGUAUUCAAAAGGUGUUUAUAAAAAUUUACACUUUUAAAAAGUUGAUUUUUGUUAACAAUCGUGAAGAUACAAAAAAAAUUAUUUAUUUUUAAUAUAAAAUAUUCGUUAUGUA